UCGUCCUCCACCCGCUCCCCUGUUCUCCUAUCCACGAGUAAGCGGACCAGCAGCGCAGGCGCAGGGAGUGAGGGAGAGGGGAGCCGAGGCCGAGCACGGAGCACCAGCAGGAUGCCGACGCUGAUCCUGAGCACCAACGUGCCGGUGGACGCCGUCGUCGCCGCCGACAUCCUCAAGGACUGCUCCAAGGCGGUCGCCAGGAUCAUCGGCAAGCCCGAAUCCUACGUCAUGGUGUCGAUAAAUGGGUCGGUGCCCAUGUCGUUCGCGGCGAGCGAGGAACCGACGGCGUACGGUGAGCUCGUCUCCAUCGGCGGGAUCGGCCCCGGCGUCAACGGGAAGCUGAGCGCGGCCGUGGCCGAGAUCCUCGAGACCAAGCUCUCGGUCAGCAGGUCCAGAUUCUACAUCAAAUUCGAUGAUGUGCAGAGAUUCAACUUUGGCUUCAAUGGAUCGACAUUCUGAAGAAAACUCCAUCAAGCGACCACCUCAACCUGCCCACAAAUACCACCAUCAGUUCUUCAUCAAUAAACGCGGAUGGUCAAGUGCUUCAUGUGGAUCUCCUACACAUCCAAUGGAUAUUCCGCUCAUGUGUGAGGCAGCAGUAAUUUAUAUGCUUUAUUUCAACUGAAAGCAGCACCAGCAUGCCAUCGCCCUUCAUGUACCUCAUUUCAUGAUACUUUGUUCUUCAGUAGAAUGAAUGAUCUUUUUUUUUUGGCA